AUGAAGAGCGAACUACGCAACGGAGCGUCGUCACCUUGGCUUCCCGCCAAAAGGUCGUGCCUCGGUCGUCUGUCGGGUUUGGAGGUGUUUCUUUUUCUGCUCGUCUUAUUUUUGUUGCUCGUUCUUGGAGCCGUGUUGUUUUGUUGGUUGAUACUACUUGAGGGAUAUCGAACGUUUAACGAAGGUCUCCCUCUCUAUGCAUCGUCGUUCGAAAAUUCAUCCGUUGGUGUGGAUCGAACGGCAACGAACCAUAAUGGUGUCGUGUGUACAUCCAGAGAAUGUGUCACGAUAGCUGGAUUUCUCGCCGGAAAUCUCAACGAUAAGGUGGAUCCAUGUGACGAUUUCUACGAAUUCGCGUGCGGUAACUAUGGUUUGAACAGGAAUUUACCCGCAAGCAAACCUUUGCGACACACGAUUAGCGAUGUUCAAAGCAGGCUAAACAAACAAGUGAAGAGUAUACUGCAGAUGCCGAUCCUAGAAACAGAGUCAAAAUGGGACCGGCUGGCUAAGGGCUACUAUCAGAAAUGCUUGGAUGAAGAUGAAUUGGAAAGGACUGGUUUGACAGCAAUCAAACAAAUUGUUGAGUGGAUUGGAGGAUGGCCAACUUUACAAGGUCUAAAUUGGAGGGAAUGGAGCUACUCAUGGGAGGAGCAGCUAGCGUUUGUUAUGAAUCGGACAGGUGUUAAUGCAGUCAUUCUGGAACUUGCCGUAACUCACGAUCCUGCUAACAGCUCUAAUAGCGUUAUUGAGCUCGAUCAGCCCAAAUGGGGAGUCGGUUCACGAUGGCCGUAUCUUAUGGGCCCUGAUGACCCGAUGUUGAAGAACUACACUCAUCUGAUGACACUUACGGCUGUAGCACUCGGAGCAGAACCAAAGUUGGCCGAACGAGAAAUGUAUGAAGCCAUGGAGCUUGAGCUAAAACUAGUGAAUUUCUCCGCUGACGACAUGGUUCGAAGAGAUCCGGAUCGAGGAAACAAUCGAUUCCAGCUCUGGCAGCUAAAGAGUCAUUUUCCUUUGAUAAAUUUUGAACAGUAUGUGACUACCGUCUUCAAGGGAUUAGCAAAUGUUUCAUCAAACCACACAGUAAUCAUUCGAGAAAUGGAAUAUUUUGCUGGUAUUCAGCACAUUUUGUCCGUUACUCCGAAGAGAGUCAUAGCAAACUACAUUGCCUGGAGACUUGUUCAAGGUUUUUCACCAUUUCUACCACCAACCGCUCGAGAGCCUUUCUAUCAGUUCAAAGCAAAUCAAACCGGCAUGUUUAACAGUCCACCGCCGGAUCGGUGGGAGGAUUGCGUGACGCUGUCAGUCAUAAUGAUGGACAUGCCAGUUGGAAAGCUGUUCGUCGAACAUUUCUUUGAGCGAGAACGUGCUAUGGCUAAGAUGCGUGAGUUGACAGGAUUUCUCAAGGGAGAAUUCAUCAAACAGCUUCAUGUUCUCGACUGGAUGGAUGAAUCGACGCGACGGCGAGCCGUAGAGAAAGCUGGGAUGAUCGAGUAUAAGAACGGUUUCCCGGAGGUGCUGUUCAAUGACACGUGGAUGGAUGAACACUGGGGAAUACUCAUCAAGCCAAAAGAGUACUUGCUGCACCUAACCAUCAGAAUAAAAUUGGCACGAUACGCUGAAGAAUUGAUGAGACUCGAUCAGCCUUUAGAUAGGACAAUGUGGUAUCAAAGUCCAGCACAGGUGGACGCUUACUACGCACCGAACAACAACGAAAUGAUAUUUCCCGCUGGCAUCAUGCAAUUUCCAUUCCUCACUCUUGGAGUACCUAACUAUAUCACAUACGGAAUGGUUGGAGCUGUAAUUGGACACGAGGUUUCGCAUGCGUUUGAUGAUCAAGGCGGCCGAUAUGAUGAACUAGGAAAUCUCAAUGAUUGGUGGGAUACUGAAACAGCAGAGAAAUUCACAGAAAAAACGAGGUGCUUUGUAAGACAGUACGGUGCAGUGAAGGUGGCUGAAGCCGGCAUUCAUCUCAACGGUCAGCUCAGUCUUGGUGAGAAUAUUGCUGAUAACGGAGGAGUUAAAACUGCCUUUAAUGCAUACAAAGCAUGGCGCGUGAACACCUCUGCCGAAGAACCCGCACUUCCUGGAUUUCAGAACUUCACCAGUGAACAGAUGUUCUUCCUCGCGUAUGCUAAUAACUGGUGUUCUGUGGUUCGACCGAAGCAUUACGUGCAGAUUAUUAUGACCGACGUGCAUGCGCCCAGUAAGUAUCGUGCCACAAUCCCAUUGAGGAAUCGUAUCGAAUUUGCGAACGCAUUCAACUGUGCUCGAGGUACACCCAUGAAUCCAGAAAAUAAAUGUCAGGUGUGGUAA